CGGGUUCCGUUCUCUCAUGAUAUUUGCAGUCCGCCAGCGCCCCAGCCCCCCCAGCCACCGCUCCAGACCGUAAAUCUCAGAGAUGGAUUCUGACAUGCAAAAGUAUUUUGCCCACAAAACAGUUUUCCUCACGGGUGGCACUGGAUUUUUGGGCAAAGUUGUCGUGGAGAAACUUUUGCGUAGCUCUGAGGUGAAGCGAAUUUAUAUCCUGAUCAGACCGAAGCGUGGCGUGGAGAUUCAGGAACGCAUCAUCGUGUGGUCACAGGAUCCUGUAUUUGAACCGCUGCUGAAGACCAGGCCAGAGGCGCUGCAACGAGUGUGCCCCAUCGCUGGAGAUUGCCUGGAGCCGGAUCUGGGCAUAAGCGACACGGACCGAAGGCUGCUCUCAGCAGAGGUGCAGCUCGUCAUUCAUGGAGCAGCCACAGUGCGGUUCAACGAGCCGCUGCACGUGGCACUGGCCAUCAACACUCGUGCCACGCGACUGAUGGUGCAGCUGGCCAAGCAAAUGCUGCAACUUGAGGCAUUUGUACACGUCUCGACUGCCUUCUCGAACUGCGUAAUCCAUUACAUCGAGGAGAAGUUCUAUCCGGAACACUUGACGUGUGAUUCCGAGAAGGUGCUGCAGAUGUGUGACCAGCUGAGUGAGGAGCUGACGGACAACAUGUCGCCUGCCCUGCUCGGAUCGUAUCCCAACACCUACACCUACACGAAAGCCCUGGCGGAGGAUGUGAUACUGAGAGAGGGAAGCGACCUGCCCAUCUCCAUCUUUCGUCCAGCAGUUAUCAUUGCCAGCCACAAGGAGCCCAUCUCUGGAUGGAUUGAUAAUCUCUACGGACCCAUUGCCAUUCUUUUUGGCGUUGCUCGCGGGGUUCUGCGCAUCGCCACAAUCGAUGUGAAGGCCCAGGCCAGCUUGGUGCCCGUAGAUUUCUGCGCCAACCUGGCUCUGGCCUGUGCCUGGAGAACCGCACAGACUGAGCAGCGGGAGGGAGUUGCUCCGCCGGCCAUUUACCAACUCGCACCCACCGCAGGGAACUGCCUGACGCACGGAGAGUUCAAGGACUAUGCGCUGGAUGGACGCCAGCAGUGUCCACUCACAAAAAUGAUUUGGUAUCCAUUCUUCCAUUGCAUCACCACGCUGUGGCUCUUUCCCCUUGCAGCCUUCUUCUAUCACACCCUGCCCGCCUAUGUCUUUGACCUGGCCCUCUGGCUGAGUGGCCGCAAGCCGCGACUGGUCAAAGUCUACCGCAAGAUACACAAGACCCUGGGCAUAUUGGGGCCUUUCUCCAGACAAAGUUGGUACUUCGAUAUGCGGCAGACGAAUCAGUUGCGAGCGAUCAUGUCGGAGCAGGAUCGCAGCUUGUACGACUUUGACAUGGCGAGCCUGAACUGGAAGGAAUACUUCGAAAAGGCGCUGCUGGGCAUACGCAUGUACUUGGGCAAGGAUCCACCCACCACAGAGUCAUUAGAGCAGGGACUGAGAGUGAUAAGAAGGCUAAAGAUGUACCACCACCUGCUGCAGCUCAGCCUCGUCUGCCUUGCUGCAUUCAUUUUGUAUUCGCUAAUCAAACAUUUUUCCUAGAUUUUUGUAUCAGUUAUUUAUGGUUUUGUGUGUGUUUC